UGUCAGUAGGCACGCGAACCUGCUCCUGCUGAUCGGAAGGAGUCCUCCUGUCAACGAUGGACACAAGUUACUGACAUUUUACGGAUUAUCGCCUCCCGUUAACCUCACAGCCGACCAGCGAGCAGCCAGUUGGGGGUAAAAUGAGUGAACCGACGUUGAGCUGAUUACGGACAGCUGCUGCCUCGCUGUCACACACGGACACCGGAGCUGCUCCGGUGCUGGGGGGAUUUUCCCUGCCUUUAAACACCGAGACCAGACCAACCAACAGGAAUCCCCAGUUUUUUUGUUGUUGUUUUUUUGUGUGUUUUUUAUUAUUAUUCUGAAAAUAAUUUUUUCCCCUAUAGCUUUAAAUAAUGUUUCACACAUAAGAUGUGAUGCAUGUUUUCUCUUAGGUAAUCCGGUCGUUAAUAUAAAUCCAGUUUACAGUCAUUACGGCGAAGCUGUCAUUUUUAAAUUAAAUCACCGCAGAGCAGAUGAGGUACGACGUUACAUUUAGAUUCACUCAUCUUCAGAUGAAAAUUUUAAAAGCUAAAAAAGCUCUUCAGGUUUGGCCGGAGGUGUGAAAAAAAACCUCGAACAGUGUGGGCUGCUACUAGUUCUGCUGAUCAAGCAGAUUCUAUAGGUAAACAAUAAGGACUUUGAAAAGAAAAGGUAUUCUCUGCACCUAUGCUGUCAUCCAUAUACAUAUAGCAGCAUACUAAAGGAGGAAGAGUUGUCAAGAAGUUUUCAUUCUUAAACUAACUCUAACUUGAAUCACAAAUAAAGCACCUUUUAGACCAAAAGGGGUGACGUUGACCACAGAAAGAGAGAGAGACGGGGACUGACAGAAGAGCAAGGGUUUGGAGGAGGAGGAGGCGACGAAGGAGGAGGUCUCAAAGGUUUGGUAAAGGCCAUUCUCCAUGGCUACAGACCCAGGAGAGCCCACAGGCACUGAGGACUCUUCUGAGAAAGCAGAUGGAAAAAAUGAGGAGGAAAAUAAGCGGGAGGUCAGAACAGACAAACAGAGGGAGAGGACACCUAACUCCUCUCUGGACUUCCCCUCCACCCAGACUCAAAUGGACACACAGAAAGGGGGUGACGAUAGAGGUGGAGGAAAUAAAGAAGAUGCCUUCCAGAAGUUUGAAGAGACCCCAGUGCUAGCCUCAAUGCCUUCAUUCCCCGUUGAUACUGGUCAAAAACGGAUGAAACGGGAAAAGCGCUUCUUUCGAAAGAGUGUAGAGAUCUGUGAGGCAGAUGAUGAUGAAGUCAUACCUCCCGACGCUCCCCACAGUGCCCCCCACCUGGAGCUUCACUCCACAGAUUCAGUUUUUGACAGCGUCCAUCAACAAGGAGCUGCCUCUUCCUGUUUACCCUUGGGACAUGAUCCCGCUCAGGGCCACGAGCCUGGAAAAGAUGUUCCUUCAUCUGCACCAACUCUGAGUGUGAGAGAGAGGGACCGUGAGCAGGAGGAGGAGGCAGAAAUGAAGGCGGUAGCCACUUCUCCUGGUGGAAGGUUUUUGAAGUUUGACAUUGAACUGGGAAGAGGAGCAUUUAAGACUGUGUACAAAGGCCUGGACACAGAGACCUGGGUGGAAGUGGCUUGGUGUGAACUGCAGGACCGUAAGCUAACCAAAGCAGAGCAGCAACGUUUCAAGGAGGAGGCAGAAAUGUUGAAGGGACUUCAACAUCCCAACAUAGUCCGCUUUUAUGAUUCCUGGGAGUCUGUGCUGCGUGGAAAGAAGUGCAUUGUACUGGUCACCGAGCUCAUGACAUCUGGAACACUCAAAACCUACCUUAAGCGCUUCAAGGUGAUGAAACCCAAAGUCCUCAGAAGUUGGUGCAGACAAAUUCUGAAAGGCCUUCACUUCCUUCACACUAGGACUCCACCGAUUGUCCACCGAGACCUCAAGUGUGACAACAUUUUCAUAACAGGCCCCACAGGAUCAGUUAAAAUAGGUGACCUGGGACUUGCUACCCUUAUGAGGACCUCAUUUGCAAAAAGUGUCAUAGGAACCCCAGAGUUCAUGGCCCCAGAGAUGUAUGAGGAGCACUAUGAUGAAUCUGUCGAUGUUUAUGCCUUUGGGAUGUGUAUGCUAGAGAUGGCUACUUCCGAAUAUCCCUACUCGGAAUGCCAAAAUGCUGCUCAGAUCUAUCGCAAAGUCACAAGUGGUAUUAAACCAGCCAGCUUUGAUAAAGUAAAUGACCCAGAAAUCAAGGAGAUUAUUGAGGGCUGCAUUCGUCAGAACAAAUGCCAGAGACUCUCAAUCAGAGACCUCCUGAAUCAUGCAUUCUUUGCAGAAGAUACAGGAGUCAGAGUGGAACUGGCAGAAGAAGACACAGGCACACAGGACUGCCUGGCUCUCCGGAUUUGGGUUGAAGACCCCAAAAAGCUGAAGGGGAAACACAAGGACAAUGAAGCCAUUGAGUUCACCUAUGACCUGGAGAAUGACAGCGCUGAGGAAGUUGCUUUAGAAAUGGUGAAGUCAGGCUUCUUCCAUGAGAGUGAUGCAAAAGUAGUGGGAAAAUCCAUCCGAGACCGAGUGAAUCUAAUCAAAAAGUCAAGAGAGCGUCGGCAGCAGCAGCUUUUUCAUCAAGGCUUUGAUGACAGGAGAGAUUCUACCAUCUCCUCUUAUGUCUUCUCUUUUCCUUCAUGCCCUUCGUCACUAAUGGUUGGAACAGCUGGACAAACAGGAGGUGCAGAAAGUGGAGCUGGAGGAGUGGUUCAGGAGUCAGAGGAGCUCCCUGAAGUUGAUCAGCAUGUCAGACAGCAACAUAUGCUUGGUGUGACAACCCUUAGCUUGCCAGAAACUGGAAGUGUUGGGUCUGCCAGCUGUGAAUCCUAUGCAAGUGGACAGAGCCAGGCACUCUCUCUACAAGGGGAACCCUACUCCCAUUCUCAGAUAACUCCUCAACCUUUGAUAUCUAACUCUGGCCUAUUCACUGAAACUCCAAAACUGGGCCCUGGCGAGACUGGAGGUGUUCCAAAUCUGCCGAUAUCUCAGAGUGUAGCGCAACAACACUUUCAGGAUGGUCCAUCCCUUGCAAGUGCAGAAUGUCAUUCUUCAACAGGGUCUGUUUCAGCAAAUGGAGAAGACACUCUACAUAAUCUGGCAAAUGGAAAGACUGAGAAGUCGAAGUCUCAGAAAAAAAAUUCCUCUCAGAAGCUUGAGAAAAGUUUGCAUCAGUUUCAACUCAGCAUGCUCCAAGUGUCUGGGAAGGGAGACAAUCUGGUAGAAUGCCAGCUAGAGACACAUAGCAACAAGAUGGUGACAUUUAAAUUUGAUAUUGAAGGAGAUGCUCCUGAAGACAUUGCAGAUUACAUGGUAGAGGAGGAUUUUGUCCUAGAUAUAGAGAAAGAAAAAUUUGUGGAGGAACUGGUAUUGAUUGUGAAAAAAGCCCAGGAAAUUCUUCAGUCCCAAACACAGACUGGAUCAACUAACCAGUUACAAGUGAGCACUAGCUCUGUCAUGGAGUCAGUCCCCCAGUCGUCCCCAGUGGGUCGCUGGCGGUUCUUUAUCAACCAGACCAUUCGUCACAGAGACUCCCUGUCUGGCCAGGGUGCAGUCACACCUCCGCCCACUGCUGAGGCAAAAAUUCCCCAGUCUCCUCAAAAAGAUGAAGAAACAUAUUCAUCUCAGACUCUUGAGCCAGUCACUGAAAAGGUGUCUUCCCCUCACAACUCCUUUUCAUCUGCCUCAUCUUCAGCCUUAUCUCUCUCUGCCCCUUCAGCCACUAUAGCUAAGACCACAUCCUAUGAAACCAUUGCUGCUUUAGAUGACCACAUUACCAGUUGUCUUCCAACUACAGCAACAACAACUGCUGCUAGCAUCCCAAAAUUGUCAGAUGCUCCUGCUGUUGUGUCUCCUUCAGCCACCACCAUAGUUUCUAGUAACCAAACCCCUGCAGUCACCAAUGUUUUCUCCACUGUACCUCAGAAUAUAGAAGGUACAAUGGGCAAUGCAUCAAGGCCAUCAGCAGCUGAAACGUCAUCAACCUCUAUUCACUCCACUCCUCUGGCUCUUGUAACUCAACUUCCCAUUGAAGAGCAGCAGGUGUUUACACAAAUGACUUGUCUAGUCCCACAACAAUCACAGCUGCAAGCAACAGCACAGCCGCAGCACUUAGCAAGUCCAUUUGAACAACAGAUACAGCAGUUAACACCAAAACAACACAUUUCCCAGUACCAGGGCAACCAAGAUCAAACUUUGCUGCUGCAAGAACAACCACUGCAACAGGAAGCACAAGUGCUACAAAGGCAAAAAGAUGUUCAAUUACACCUUCCUGAAGAUCCUGUGUUUCUUCAGUCGGGCCAAAGAGAGGUGCUGCAAGCAUCUACACUUCAGAUUCUGCAACCAAUGCCCCAAUCCCUGCCACCUCAACAGCAGCCUUUACAAUACGCCCCUCAGUUACCUCAGGAGCCUCUGUUUCAGCAGCCUACACAGACAGUUUCUGCCCCUCAGGCUCUUAUAGUUCCCCAGCAGCAAGAGCCACAGCAUCAACAGGGGACCUUGCAACAGAUGAUACAGCAGCAGCAAAUUAUGCAACUUCACCUGCAGCAACAACAGCAUCAGCUGUUUGUGGGUGUUGCAGCUCAAGGCCAAAUGUUUCCCACUUCCAUAAGUCAACAGUUUCUCCAACAGCAGGCACAGCUAAAUGUUACAGCUGUACCACAACAUCAGAUUCCACAACCAAGCCUAGUGCCUGCUGAGCCGGUGCAGCCACAAACGGUGCUUCUACACUCUGAGCUGCAAUACGAGAGAGCUAAAACCACAGAGGAAUUGCUGUGUGCAAGUCAGAAGCAGUCCUCUUCGCAUAUAUCAGAGUCUGAGGUGUCUGCAGGAGAGACGAGUGUCACAGAUGAAACAGGCCACUUUUCUGCCCCUUUUCACCCUUCAUCUGACCCCUCUCUGCCCCCUCUCCAUCUUGCCUCCACUGAAGCCCACCUACCCAGCCUCUCCUUCACAAUGACACCAUCCCCAGGUCAACCAUCUUCUGUGGCUGAGUCAGACAGCGAAGGUCCCCCGAAAAUUGAAUUUGGCGAUAACCGUAUUAAGACUUUGGAUGAAAAGCUGAGAAACCUGCUUUAUCAGGAGUGCAACAGCGGAGCAAUGGUAGCUGGGGCUGCCUCUGUUCCAACAUCAGCUGCCUCUAUGCCUUUUUACCCACCUGCCACUUCCACAGACACCUCCCCACAAACCACCUCCUCGACCAGCUCUUCUACCACUCCCCGCUCCUCUUCUACCUCCCCUGACCCAGAAAGAGGGGAAGAGGAACAUGAAGCUUCUUCAGAAGUGGGCGACGUUGUUCUGUCAGGCCCAGUAGAGGUACAACCUGGCCCCUCUCUCCCCUCUGGUUCUGCCUCAUCCACCAAGCCCACCUCUCCCAGUCUUGCUACUGGAUCCCAGGACUCAUUUGUAAGAGGAGAACCAUCCGUACCUGCUGUACACCCACACUCCGACACCAGUGCCGUCGGAGAUGCAUCAUGGCCUUUCAAUCAGCAAGCGAUCUCCCUCGAGCAUGGACAGCAGCAGCACAAUGCAGGAGGUGGAUAUUUUGGCCUAAACCUGACAUGUCCUAGUAUCAGAAAUCCGGUUAGCAAGAAAUCCUGGACUCGAAAGUUCAAAAACUGGGCAUGCAAACUGCGCCACUCCGCCAGCUUGUUCAAGAAGCCCAGAGUCCCACAAGAAGAACUUUCAUCCAGCCAGGCACUCGAAGUUGAUAAGAAGGAGACACAGUUAGGUUCACCUAAAGAACAAUUUCAGGUUAAUCCAGUUUCCCAGACCUCGCCUCCAAAGGAUCUGUUGUCAGGCCAUGGUAGCAUUCAUAGAAAAGUGGGGCGUUUCUCUGUGACGAAAACAGAAGACAAACAGACUGACAGCUCAACAGUGUCUCCUGAUUUGGGAAGAGGCAGGAGAAAAACCCAGGCAAAGGAAUGGGACAAAGAAGACGGUAAGAUGACCCCAUUAAAGAGCCACCAUUCUCGUGGUUUUGGACACAGCCACUCCCCACUUGGCAGCAGUGAUGAUGAUGAUGAUGAAAGUGAGUUGGGGGAUGAAGGAUUAAGAAAAGAACUGCAGAGACUAAGAGAAAAGCACAUCAAAGAGGUUGUCUCCCUUCAGGCCCAGCAGAACAGAGAGCUUCAGGAGCUCUACAGACAGCUUCGUUCUCUCAAAGACCAAAGACAGAGUUUACCUGCCUCUCUUUAUGGAACUCCU